CUCCCUACCACAUCCCCGUCCUCAUCCAUCACAAUGGCAGUCGGACGCAGCGCCGCCCUCAAGCUCGACUGGACCAAGCUCGGCACACAACUCGGGCUAAAAGGCAGCACGGCGACGGCCCUCCAGGCCUUCAAGAAGCGUAACGAUGACGCCCGCCGCAAAGUCACUAUCCUGUCCGAGCAGCCGCAAACCGUCGACUUCGCGCACUACCGCUCCAUCCUCAAGAACACGGCCGUCAUCGACGAGAUCGAGAGGAGCUUCAGUGCGUUCAAGCCGCAGACAUAUGAUGUAGGACGGCAGAUCAGGGCGAUUGAGGCGUUUGAGGCGCAGGCCGUUAAGAGUGCCGAGGAGACGAAGGCCGUGGUGGAUAAGGAGCUGGCGGAUUUGGAGAAGACGUUGAAGAAUAUUGAGGAGGCGAGGCCGUUCGAUGAUCUGACGGUGGAUGAAGUUGCGGCUGCACAGCCGGACAUUGACAAGCGAACUGAGCAACUUGUGUCGAAGGGUCGCUGGGCCGUUCCAGGCUACAAGGAAAAAUUCGGCGAUCUUUCGGUGCUCUAAGCAUUUUCUUCUAUCCUGCUCUCAAAAUGUGCCCUGCUUGGGGUUGUACUACGUACUGUGCAUAGUGUCAAAGUCUCAAUGGCAACAUAGAUCCUAUUAUCCGUUCCUGAAUUCCUUCAGUC